AUGCAUAUACACCGACGACGAGCCAGGAAUCUGGCCUGGUAUGACGAUGAAGAGGCCAAAAAUACUCCCAACCGGAAUCCUUUCAAAAAGUUCCGGCACCGCCCGGUCCGCUCUGGAGAAUCUCGCGUCGAAGAUGGAUUACAGCAUACGCAAACUGAAAGUGAAUCUAUAUCGAGGCCUGAAAAGGAGCGACAAGAAGAAAUGGGGAACGAUAUUUCUCUACCAAUUCAUGCAAAUACGAUGCCCUUUGUACCAGGACUGCCAGUUACUGGCUGUAUUGAAACGGCACUUGUUGGAUCUAUUACCAGUGCUUCACCUACAACACCACCUAAAAAAGAGCAACAGCAGGAUGUACCUGAAAAAGGCGCUCCUCGAAGACGGAGAUUCUUCGAAAUUGGCAGAAAGAAACCCUCAGCAGAUGAACCUAAGGAUACCGGAAAGGAUAAACAGGUAUUUACGACAGUGGGGCAGCUGAAGGCGACGCUGUUUAAUUCCUGGAUUAACGUCUUACUCAUCAUGGUGCCCGUUGGAAUUGCGAUACAUCAUAUCCACGUUGAUCCUAUUGCAAUUUUCGUUGUCAAUUUUAUCGCCAUUGUACCGCUUGCUGCGAUGCUAAGUUAUGCUACCGAGGAAAUUGCUCUCAGAACAGGGGAAACACUUGGUGGUUUACUCAACGCAACAUUCGGGAAUGCUGUGGAGCUUAUUGUAUCACUCCUGGCCUUAUUUAAACGUGAAAUUGUCAUUGUCCAAACCUCCCUCAUCGGCAGCAUGCUAUCCAAUUUAUUACUGGUCCUUGGAAUGGCUUUUUUCCUCGGAGGUUUCAGCCGGAUCGAACAAAACUUCAACGUCACUGUGGCGCAUACUGCGUCCAGUUUGCUCGCUCUUGCUGUUGGAAGUCUAAUAAUUCCAACUGCGUUUCACGCAUGGUCUAGUGCUGGCGAAACUGGAAUUGCUCCCCUGUCACGAGGGACGAGUGUCAUCCUCCUUGUGGUGUACGGAGCAUACCUUUUCUUCCAACUUAAAUCUCACACAGAAAUGUACAACAAACCAAGUGAGAAGGUCGAAAAGAGACGUAUGCGAGUCGAAACAGGCGACGCAAGCAAAAACAUUGCGCAAAUCGGGGCAGGCAUUUCCGCGAGCAUGGGUGGAGGGAAUGCUCAGCAUGUUUCCAUCGCUGUUUCAGAAGAAAAUGAGGAACCACAGCUCACUGUGUGGGUGGCUUUAUUUACGCUUGCUGCAUCUACAGCACUGGUAGCCCUCUGCGCAGAAGCCAUGGUGGGCUCAAUCGACUCAAUUACGAGUCGUGGUCACAUUUCUGAAACCUUUGUUGGUUUGAUUCUUAUCCCCAUUGUUGGAAAUGCAGCUGAGCACGCAACCGCCAUUACCGUCGCGAUUAAAGACAAAAUGGAUCUCUCCAUUGGUGUUGCAGUGGGCUCCAGCAUGCAAAUCGCUCUCUUGGUCCUUCCUCUUAUCGUAGUUAUUGGGUGGAUUGCUGGGAUCAAUGAAAUGACCCUCUACUUCGAUGGAUUUCAAAUUGCAAUACUAUUCGUCACUGUGCUGCUAGUAAAUUAUUUAAUCCAAGACGGCAAGUCAAAUUGGCUAGAAGGAGUGCUGUUAGUGGUUCUUUUUCUCAUUAUCUCCGUGGCAGCUUGGUUCUACCCAGCGAAAUCCGAGCCCAAAACCCCAUAA